AUGCCUGAACGCCUACCGCCAGAGCUUGUCGAUAUCAUCCUUGACUACUUUUGCGAAGCGGAAACAGGGGACGAUCUCGUCCAGGGCCUGAAAGCCUGCGUCCGCGCACACAGCUCCUUUCAUCACCGAUGCCAGUCUACCCUCUUCCGCGACAUCACCAUUCGCGGACGUCAAGAUGUCCACAACCUGCUGGGCGUCUCUCCCCGCAUCUUUGCGUACGUACACGUCCUACGGAUCGCCCCAAGUUUCACCUUCAGCAAGCGUGCUAGCGAGGCUAGGUUGCAUAUUGUAUCCCCUGACCUGGCGGCCUUCAACAGACUUGUGCGCCUUCUAACGAAUGUGCACGACCUGCGGGUGGACUCCUCCAGCAACGGCGUCGAGUACACAGCCCUUCCUGCCGACACUUGCCUUGCACUACUUGAGAGGGUACCACGACUGAAAGCUCUAACGCUGAAGGGUUGGACUUUGCCGCCGGACUUCCUCAAUUACUUCGUCGAGAUACGAAGCUUGGACUUGACAUACGUCAGAUUCAUCCCCGGUCACACACCUACCCUUCGGACGUCCGCCGUGACAAGUGCUGCGCUGCACCACCUUUCCUUGGAAGCGUCUUCGCUGCUGACUCAAACGCUCGCAUACUUCGGGGUGGCAUCGCCGACUAUUUCGCCUAUUCCUACCCCACCGCUCGACCUCCGCUCAUUGCGUAGCUUGCACAUGUCUGGCACGCUCUAUCCAGACCCACAAAGACUUGUCCUCGACGCAUGUAGAAGCUCACUCGAAACUCUUGAGUAUGGAUGGAACCAAGUUCGUCCAGUCGUGGACUUUUCAAUCAUGCCUCGCACGCGCACCCUGGCCAUCCGCGAUAUUACUUUCCAGACCGGUGCAGCUCCUGGGCUUCUCGAGCAAAUCAUUUUAAAGGUUCCCGCCCUCGUCCACCUCGUUCUCAAUGUCGAUCAAGCGACAUAUCCACUCCACAUAGAACCAUUCUGGAGAUGGCUUGAUACCUUUCUUUCGACGCCAAAUGUGGCUAUCGCCUUGCAGACGGUAAUUUUGGUUAUCGGGCCUACGAGCCGCGAUACGCUCCUUCCGCCCUUCGAGGGCGCACAAGAGUUUGUGCAGACGGCGUUACCUAGAAUUCAAUCUAGCGUGCGAGUAGUUGCCCGCGAUACAGCAAAGCAUCGGUACUGGCAUUUCGGCUGGCCACUAUCAGACCAGUGUGUGGACAAUUUCCUGGACAAGUAUAUUCCUGGAUUCCUCGACAGCGACCGCGCUACCGUCAUCAAAUAUGGCCAAUUCAUGUGCGUGGCCAACACCCUCGCAGGCACCGACCGGAUGUACCUCGUCUUGGUCGAACCUGAUGCGGAGUUCGCGCCGUCUCAGAGCCCUCUCGCAGACCCAGGCGAGAAGGCGUCUACGUUCCUCAUGGUGGUGUCGGACUGCAGCACGCGGUACUUCACCAAGAGGCCCACCAAGAGGCAGAUGGCGCGGCUAUUCCGCAUGUUUGGUUCAGCGCCCCGGUGGAUGAUGGAUGCGAGAGAGAAGGAGAGAUGGCCCGAGUACGGUAAUGAAUUAUAAUUCAGCAGCCGACGUGCGCAGGAUGGGGCCGGGCAGCCUUCCUCACGCCGUCUUCGAAGAUUCGUACCAUACCUCACUGAUCCUCGCAACGACCGGGACAUUUUGUUGCUUUGAAUUAGGGGGGAUAAGCUGAUAGCAUGUAUAACGAUGAAUGAUUCAGAAAACAGGUUCCAA